GGCUAUAGAUGUUUCACAUCAAAAGGCAUACGAUUGAAUUACGAUAUAUGCGUUCACGUUUGAAACUUCCAUUAAGAUUUCAAUUUUAAAGGAAUGUUUCGACUAAGUAUUGGGAAGAAUUUAAAAUAAUUAUGAAUAGAUCAACAUGAGAAAUGUCCAUUCUGGAAAGAUUUAGGAUAUGAAUCUGAUGAUAAUAUUAAAAUUCUUAUUCAAAUUUGUUUCCUUCAAUUUACACAGAUGCGAUCAUGGAAAUCAAUAAAUAUUGUUUAAUUAACACGUGAUUGCUAAAAGUUUGUUGACUGUAAAAUACGCAGGUAGCAGCGAGUAAUCAUUGGCACGAAUGAUAAAUGGUACGAAGGUUUGUCUAUUGAAUAUUGUUUUAUGUUUACUUUAAAUUUUACAUUCAUUUUUGAAUCUAAGUAACAAUUUGGACAGCUUAUAACCCAGUCAGGGUAGUCUGCAUAGGGGGUCUAAAUUGAAAUGGCGACCAAACUCAGCCGAAGGUUUUUGAAAUAGAAGAAGAGAGAGUAAGAGAAGUCAACAAUUUUGAUCUCUUCGUUUUUUGCUCAAAGCAAUUGUAGUCAUCUGACAAUAUGUCACUGGGUCUUGAACAUUUAAAUGAAACAAGCUCAUUCGGCUUAGAUGUCAACAAAUGUAAUCAAUUAAAUUGGCCCUACUUAGUUAUCAGUUUGCUGAUGGAUCCUCUACGGAGUUGAAAUUGUCUUUUUUUCUAGUGUGAGUCGCUAAGAUUACGGAUUUCAUGGGGCGAAGUCGCGGGAUUACCUAGUUUAUCUUUUUCUUGGUAGAAGUGUUUAUUUUUAUCAAGUGUACAAACACAUAUACAGAAAUGAACAAACAUUACCUGUAUAUAUAUGAAAAAACUUGCAGUUAUAGGAGAUUUAUUCUAAUGAGUGGACUUCAUUGAGAAUUAUGGCACCCAAUACUAGCAAAGAUGUCAUCGAUGUAGAUUUUUUGGAUGCGGAAGAAUCAAAAUUGGAAAAAUUGGUGGGUCCCCAGGCCGGGCCGUGGAAAUAUGAGAUAAUAUAUGAAAGUUUAGCAGUUAUUGUAUAUUUUCACCUUGCGGCUUUGUAUGGACUCUACCUCGCUUUGACUGCUGGUCCAGUAUGGUCUACGAUUAUUUUUCAUUGCGUUAUAUUUUUUAUCUCAAGCUUCGGUAUAUCUGCUGGACUUCAUCGUCUCUGGUCUCACAAUGCAUUUAAGGCGAAACUUCCCUUGCAAAUUAUACUGAUCGUUUGCACUUCUUUAACAUUCCAGUAUAGUGCUUUAAAUUGGGUCAGAGAUCACCGAUUACAUCACAGGUAUACCGAUACAGAUGCAGAUCCACACAAUGCGGCUAGAGGGGUUUUCUUUUCACACCUAGGCUGGUUGCUCGUCAAGAGGCAUCCGGAAGUAAAAAGACGCGGAAAAUUUACUGACAUGAGAGAUGUUAACGCAAAUCCAGUUUUGAGGUUUCAAAAGAAGUGGGCCGUACCCUUUAUUGGUAGUAUAUGUUUUAUAAUACCAACUUUGAUACCUAUGUACUUCUGGAACGAGGGACUAAACGUGGCGUGGCAUCUUAGUCUUCUCAGAUACGUUGCAUCUCUCCACCAAACACUUCUAGGUAAUAGUUAUGCACAUUUCGCAGGAACUAGGCCAUAUGACAAGCGCAUACUACCCACUGAUAAUAGAUCACUUAAUUAUAUCAUCUUGGGGGAAGGAUUCCAUAACUUUCAUCAUGCAUUCCCCUGGGACUAUAGGUCGGCAGAAUUGGGGACUUUGUUUUUUAAUCCGACUACUUGGUUUAUCGAACUAUUUGCUAAGAUUGGAUGGGCAUACGAUCUAAAGACUGCGUCAAAAUAUGUAAUAGAGGGCAGAGCUCAAAGAACGGGCGAUGGUACCCGGGUUCAAAAUAAGUCUGAUUAAAACGUUAAUUCCUAAUAAUUUAUUGAACUAAUUUACGCAUACUAAUUAUUAUAAAAGACUUAUGUCGUCCGUUAUAUCUUUUUGCAUUAACAUAUCCGUAAAUUUUAUAAAUAAAGUAUAAGUUUAUGAACUUGAUUGUGAUAUUGUCACUUAUCUAUAACUUAUUUGCAAUAGUACCUAUUGUAUCAUCUCGUAUAGAUAUAAAAUAUACUUAAAACUGCUGUUUUCUUGAAUCUACUAAUAAUAACAUUUUGUUUAAAUUUUGGAAGUUUUUGUUUUACGGUAUGCGUACCUGAAUAAAUGUCCUAAUAAUUA